AUGGUGCCGUCCCAGGAGGAAGCCGCCGCCGCCGCUCAGGGGACCGGCGAGGCACAGUUGCCGGGUCCCUCGCCCGUCGAGGACGCUCCGCAGUCCGGCCCGGGAACCUCGAAUGGCCCCGAGGUAGCCGCCGAGAAGGUGGAGCUGGAGCUGGCGAGACCGGCGGCAGCCGAGCCCCCCGAGCCCCCCGAGGGCGGCUGGGGUUGGCUGGUGAUGCUGGCGGCGAUGUGGUGCAACGGGUCGGUGCUCGGCAUCCAGAACACCUGCGCCGUGCUCUUUGUGGCCAUGCUGGAGACCUUCGGGUCCAAGAACGACGACAAGAUGCUCUUCAAGACAGCAUGGGUUGGCUCUCUCUCCAUGGGGAUGAUCUUCUUCUGCUGUCCCAUCGUUAGCAUCUUCACAGACAUAUUUGGCUGUCGGAAAACGGCUGUUGUGGGUGCUGCUGUGGGGUUCAUCGGACUGAUGUCCAGUUCUUUCGUAAGUUCCAUCGAGCCUCUGUACUUUACCUAUGGAAUUGUAUUUGCCUGCGGCUGUUCCUUUGCGUACCAGCCUUCACUGGUCAUUUUGGGACACUAUUUCAAGAAGCGCCUUGGACUGGUGAAUGGCAUUGUGACUGCUGGCAGCAGCGUCUUCACAAUCCUGCUGACUUUCCUCUUACGGGUCCUGAUCGACAGCGUGGGCCUCUUCUACACCCUGAGGGUCCUCUGCAUCUUCAUGUUUGUCCUUUUCCUGGCUGGCUUUACAUACCGGCCUCUAGUUUCCAGUACCAAAGAUAAAGAGAGUGAAGGCAGCAGAUUCUCCCUCUUUUCCAGGAGGAAGCUCAGCCCUCAAAAAAAGUUUUUCAACUUUGCCAUCUUCAAGGUGACUGCUUAUGCAGUGUGGGCAGUUGGAAUCCCACUCGCAUUGUUUGGAUACUUUGUGCCUUACGUUCACUUGAUGAAGCACGUGAACGAGAGAUUUCAGGAUGAGAAGAAUAAAGAAGUGGUUCUCAUGUGCAUUGGCGUCACUUCAGGGGUUGGACGGCUUCUCUUUGGCCGCAUUGCAGAUUACGUGCCCGGUGUGAAGAAGGUUUACCUACAGGUACUCUCCUUCUUCUUCAUUGGCCUGAUGUCCAUGAUGAUCCCCCUGUGCAGCGUCUUUGGGGCUCUCAUCGCUGUCUGCCUCAUCAUGGGUCUCUUCGACGGAUGCUUCAUUUCUAUCAUGGCCCCCAUUGCUUUUGAGCUAGUUGGUGCUCAGGAUGUCUCCCAAGCAAUUGGAUUUCUUCUUGGAUUCAUGUCUGUACCAAUGACUGUGGGCCCACCCAUUGCAGGGUUACUUCGGGACAAGCUGGACUCCUACAACAUGGCUUUCUACCUUGCCGGAAUCCCUCCCUUUAUUGGAGGUGCGGUUCUCUGCUUCAUCCCCUGGAUUCACAGUAAGACACAGAGAGAGAGCAAAAGAACUGUUGAAGAGAAGAUGGAGAAAAUGCUGGAGAACCAGAACUCCCUACUGUCGGGCUCAUCUGGAAUCUUCAAGAAAGAAUCUGACUCUAUUAUUUAAUGUCUUACAUACCUUCACCAGACUAGACUUGCUUUUGAAAUUUAAGCAAGCUUUCCUUUUAUAUGAAUUGCAAAUUUCUUAUUUUUUUAAUCACAUCCUUGGAAUAGCACACACUUGGGAAAUGGAACCUGUAUUACUUCAAGAACCAUUUUCUGCCACCAAAUAGCUUUCUAGGAGCCUGAGGGAAGAGACUGUUACAGGAAAGUAUGUCUAAAAGUCAAACAUUGUGAGCAUUUGAAGCUAUCUCAAUAAAAGGCAGUUUUGGAAACUGUGGGUGCUAUUUAGCUGGUACAAAAAUUUACAAAUACCUCGAGCUACAUUGAAAGGGUUAGGGUUUGGUUAGAACUGGAAAUAUUUUGUUUUUUUGUCUCUCCUGGUAUUUUUAGUUCUGGUGUUUUAGUUUCUUUAACAUUUUGAAGCUUUUUUUUAAACAAAAUUUAAGCCUGGAUUCUACAUAAUAAUAAGUUAACUAUUUCAGCUAUGAAAUUAAAAGAUUCUGAUGUGCUCCCGUGUGAAGAGACCUUGUGGAGCAGAUGCUGGUAAAUUCUCAGAUUCGGUGUGUUUGGUGAAGACCCUCUCCCGAGGGCAGGGCAGAGCAGCUCUCGGGCAUUUCUUCCACCUACCCUAGGUUUGCAGUAAGGUUUACUCCAGGAGCCAGAAGCACCUGCUGUUUGAUUCUGUGAUAGAAACAAUUUCUGAAAUUGGCUUAUGAAAUUAAUGGGUCUUAAAAGAUUAAAAAUACUUAUAAAGAGAAACAAUUCCUACACUUCCAAAAUUUUCUAGCAAAUUUUUUUUGCCUUCCUGUGCAGAGUCCUGUGUCAAUGACAAGGGCAUGUUUUGAGGAAUGUGAUGAUAAGUGAUCUCACUGUGUGAGCAUCAGAAGAAGGCCUGCUUGUCAAUAGGAGAUAUAGCCCGGCAGAACACCAUCAUAUGCAUGAUUCAUCAAUGGCAGGUUGCUAGAUGCAUGACUAUGUUUACUCCAUGCUUAUCAUUAAUCUUGAUAGUUUUUUCCUAUUUAUGUGCAGAUUGUAGAAAGAAAGCUAUGACCUUUGAGGUCCUAAGAUUAAAAUCAAAGUCAUACCAUGGUGCAUUACACAUUUAUUAAAACAGAACAACACUU